UUGUCACUGACGACUCACUCUGUAUUCUCGCUCAUCGAGAGUACAAGUAUAUGUAAUUGUACAUUAUUGUACUAGUUGUAGUUUGUCUUUUUUUUUUACAUUUCCAAAUGAAAUCAACGAAAUUUCCUUCCAAUUUCCUAAAGACUACUCCAUAAAUAAACUUCUAUUGUUUUUACGCCUUUCACUAAUUGUUCUUUGUUUCUUUCAUGCAAAAAUUUUAAGAAAAAGUUUGUUCAGUGUUUGGCUCAUUUGCUUUCAUUUCAAUUUUUUGUGCUAAAUUCAGAGUGUCUGGUGUUGAAAUUCUUCUUAUGCUUGGAAAUUCAUCAAACAGGCCCUUAUAAUAUCAAGCGUGGGAAACAGGCCAAAAGGGUCAUAAAGUUGAUAAUCCUUUGACUAUUCUUCGAUUUCAAGUUUGUUUGACGUAGAUUUUUUAGUUAAAGUUGCUGUGUUUUUAUCCUCUUUGAAAAUGGUGACUCUUGCAAGUAAUGAUAAACUAUCUGGAACUAUCCUGCUCACAACAGCCGAGGAUCUUAAGCUUUCAUUAAUAUUACUGGGCUAACUCAAGGGUGCCAUCUUUGGUUUUGGAUAAGGUACAAAUAGUGCAUUUGAUCCUGGAUAAGCAUUUCACAUGUCAGGAAAUUUGCAGCUUUCUGAACUUAUGAGUAACAACCGAGACAGGGUUGUAAGGUUUGAAGACCAUAACUCAGAAGGAUCAACAAGUUCUGAGCAACCAUUUUAUCCGAGUCAAACACCAUCACCAUCUCUAGAGAAUGGAGCAGGCUUUGGCUCAGCCUUUGAUGUUAUCAGACGAGGAUUUGAGAGAAGCUCUCAUGGGAUAAGAACCUUGACAGGAAAUCUGAGCUUUCAGGGUAUCUAUUACCAAUCUGCGAAGAAGCCUGAACUUCAGGACACUAUUCUUGAUCCACAGGGGCCAUUUCUGCAGAAAUGGAACAAGAUAUUUCUGAUCUCAUGUUUUUUUGCAAUGGCCUGGGAUCCAUUGUUUUUUUACAUCCCAGUUAUUGAUGGCAAGAAAAAUUGCCUCAAUUUGGAUGCUGAUUUAGAAAUCAUAGCCUGUUUUCUUCGCACCUCCACAGACUUGUUCUAUCUACUUCAUAUCAUCUUACAGUUCCGUACUGGGUAUGUCUCUCCUUCUUCUCGAGUGCUUGGAAGAGGUGUAUUGAUCAAGGAUUAUGCUUCUAUAGCUAGAAGAUACCUCUAUUCAUACUUCUUUGUGGACAUUCUAGCUGUGCUUCCCUUCCCCCAGAUGGCGGUUUUAGUUAUCAUUCCAAAGUUGAUGAUGAGUGGUGGUCCUUUAACUUCCAAGGGCGUGUUAAAAUUAGUGAUUUUUGCCCAAUAUGUACCACGGUUCAUACGGAUAUAUCCUUUAUAUAAGGAAGUAACUCACACAUCUGGUAUAAUCACUGAAACAGCAUGGGUUGGAGCUGCUUUCAAUCUGUUCCUCUACAUGCUAGCCAGCCAUGUUACUGGAGCAGUUUGGUAUUUGUUUGCCAUAGAUCGACAAAGCAAAUGCUGGCACAAGUCAUGCUUAGGAGAAAGAUGUCAUAAUUUGUCUUUAUAUUGCAAAAUGCAAGACACAAUUGUCGGAGCAAAAAACUUUGAAUUUAACAGUACUUACUGCAAGCCUGUAAAUCCUAAUGAUAUAUCGGAUGGUAGUGUGUUUAACUUUGGCAUGUACUACGAUGCUCUUCAAUCAGAAGUGGUACAAUCCAAACCAUUUUUAAGGAAAUUUUUCUACUGCUUUUGGUGGGGCCUUCGAAAUCUUAGCUCUCUUGGUCAGAAUCUCAGUACAAGUACUUUCAUUGGGGAGAACUUACUUGCAAUCUUCAUUUGUAUUGCUGGACUGGUUCUGUUUUCAUUUCUUAUUGGGAAUAUGCAGAAAUAUCUACAAUCAACAACUGUCAGAGUAGAGGAGAUGAGAAUAAGAAAGCGAGAUGCAGAGCAGUGGAUGUCCCAUCGUAUGCUUCCAGAAGACAUGAGAGAGCGAGUUAGAAAGUACGAGCAAUACAAUUGGCAAGAAACACGAGGAGUUGAUGAAGAGAGUGUAAUUCGAAACCUUCCUAGGGACCUCAGGAGGGACAUAAAGAGGCAUCUCUGCUUGGCUUCUUUGAUGAGAGUGCCAAUGUUUGCAAAAUUGGACGAGCAACUAAAAGAUGCAAUGUGUGAUCGUCUCAAACCAAUGCUUUAUACUGAAAACAGCUUCAUUGUACGCGAGGGUGAUCCGGUUAAUGAGAUGCUCUUUAUAAUGAGAGGAAGCCUAUUGACAAUGACCACAAAUGGUGGGAGAACUGGUUUCUUUAAUUCUGUUUCCCUCAAAGCCGGUGAUUUCUGUGGAGAAGAGUUGCUCACAUGGGCCUUAGAUCCGCAGUCCUCUUCCAAUCUUCCCAUUUCAACUAGGACUGUACAAACUGAGACAGAAGUUGAAGCCUUUGCACUGAUGCCUGAUGAUCUGAAGUUUGUGGCUUCGCAAUUUCGUAGGCUUCAUAGUAAGCAGCUACGACACACCUUCAGGUUUUAUUCACUACAGUGGAAGACAUGGGCAGCCUGUUUCAUACAGGCAGCAUGGCGGCGAUGCUACAGAAGGAAGCUUGAGAAAUCUUUACAAGAGGCUGAAGAAUACGCUCUUGCCAAGGAGGGUGGAAGCUCACCAAGCUUCAGUGUCACAAUUUAUGCAUCAAGGUUUGCUGCCAAUGCACUUCGUAACCUGCGACAUAAUGCUCCCCGAAACAACAGAAUUCCACCAAGAUCACCCCUCCUCAACUUGCAAAAGCCUACUGAACCUGAUUUCACGUCGAUCUGACGAUGGUUAGCCACUUAGCCUUUCAUAGCCCUUCCCUUUCAAGUUCUUGGUUUCUUCCUACUCUUAACCUUGAUGUUUAAGAUAAUCUCCAUCAACAUAUUCAACAUGUAUAAUUUGCACGUAAAUUGUUAGGAUUAGAUAAUGUCCAGUUUGCAGCAUAAGUGAUGCUUAAUUGUCAUUUUUCAUUUCAGUAUUUGUGUAAUUAUUGUUAGUUUUAGUCCAAAGUGUCACGAGAUCAUGUCUCAUACCAAAUGCCAAGGGGUCAAUCCAUCUUUCAGUAUUUGUGUGAUUACGAUUGAUUAUAAGAUUUUUUUGAAGUGAAUUUACUACGAAGCACUAUAGUUAAAUUGUAAAAA